UUUAUUAAUAAAACGAAAUUCACACAGAACCAGAUUCACAAUCACAAUCAGAAUCAGAAGCAGAAGCAGAAAAAAAGAAAUAAAACCAGAACACGAAACUCGCUGCGAAAAAGAGCAGGAAAACAGAAAUCGCAAGUGCAGCGCGACGGCUUCUUCUUCUUGUGGCGUUUUUCUUCGAUUUCGUUUCGUUUGUUUUCCACUUCUCGGAAAACCCAGGAAAACGUCCUCUGUUUUGGUAUCAUUUCUCAUCCAUUUACUCUUAUUGUUAUUGCAGUUGUGCAGUGUUGAAAAAUCAAACUAAAUUCAAAAUCGGCUAAAAAGAAAAGUGCUUAAGGUCCCAUCAAAAAAACACACAAAACAAAUUUUUAAAGGGCUGAAAUCCUUCAAAUAAAUAACCCUUAGUGUUUCAAAAGUGUUCAAAUUUUACAAGUGUCGUUGCAUCACAAAAAUCAGCGAGCAAAUUCUGCAUCAUCGGGGUUUUCCAAAAAAUACAGGACACUUUACAGUGCCAGCGCAGAGUCAAGGUUGUGCAGCUGAAGGGAGAAGAAGCAACUGUUGCAGUCGCAUAAAUUCAAAAGGAACACCAACUGCAGCAGCAACAUCAACAAGAUAUAGCAGCAACAUAAAGGCAAGCUGCAAUUUUAGCCAUUAACACACCAGGAAUAUCCAUAAACGAAAGCUAAGUCACAUCAUUCGAAUCGGAAUCGGAAUCUUUUGGAGCAACAUCCAGAGAUAUUGCUACUGCAACGGGGAAAGCGGCAUUAACCAGCAGCAACAUCUUUAGCUAAUAGCAAAUAGCUCCGUCCAUGGGCGCCGCGGCAAACAGAGUCCGGUGAAAAUGGACAAAGGCCGUGCGAGGCUGCCGCCGAAUUAGCAGAGAAGCCGGAAAAUCCACACACUCGGACGGGCACUGCAAAUAUUUGCCAGGCUACCACAAAAAACAAAAAAAAAAUAACAGAAGAAGGGAACUACACACACAAUAGUGAAAAGCAAAGGCUUUUGUGUGACAAUAGCCAAGGAAUUAGCCCACAAAAGACGACGACGAGGGGAGCCAUUAGGAAGACAGUCCUCCUCCGGCAAUUGGAAUCCCUAAGACCGGCGAGACGAGGUCCACUUAAAUGACCGAAUCCACACAGCUGCAGACGGCGGAGAACAACAACGCGGGCGUGGUCAAAAUGGAGCCCCCGCCGCCGGCGACCUCCUCCGUUUCCGUUUCCGCCGCCGCCGCCGCCCACGCCCUCUCCUCCCUCUCCUCGCUGUCGAUGGCCGCCACCGGCUCCGCCCUCUCGCCGGCCACGCCCCCGCCCUCCUCCCUCAACCUCUCACACCAUCAGCAGCAGCAGCAGCAGCAACAGAAUUCGCAGCACCAGCAGCAUUAUGCCCUCAAGUGGAACGACUUCCAGAGCUCGAUCCUCAGCUCCUUCCGGCAUCUGCGGGAUGAGGAGGACUUCGUGGACGUGACGCUGGCCUGCGACGAACGCUCCUUCACCGCCCACAAGGUCGUCCUCAGCGCCUGCAGCCCCUACUUCCGCCGGCUGCUCAAGGCCAAUCCCUGCGAGCACCCGAUCGUCAUCCUGCGCGACGUCCGCUGCGACGAUGUGGAGAAUCUGCUGAGCUUUAUGUACAAUGGCGAGGUGAACGUGAGCCACGAACAGUUGCCCGACUUCCUGAAGACCGCACACCUGCUGCAGAUUCGCGGUUUGGCGGAUGUCAACGGCGGUUAUCCCUACUCGAAGGCCCUGUCUGCUGCCUUGAGUCACAACAACAAUAACAACAGCAGCAGCAGCAACACAAGUGGCAACAGCAGCAGCAACAACAACAACAGCAGCAGCAACAAUAACAACAAUUUAUCGGAGAGCAGUAACCACAACAAAAUCAGCAGCUACUUGCCGCAAAAUCAAACGAGUGGCAGCAGCAGCAACAGCAACAACAACCACAGUAACAACAGCAGCAGCAACAACAACAACAGUGGAUCCCUGAACAGCAGCCUGAAUUCACCGUUUAGUGCGCCACCAAUUCCGCCACCGGUUACCGCUUCCAGUGCAGUGGCAGCGGCAGCAGCGGCCGCUUCCCUAACCGCCGCCGUGGCAGCAGCAGCGGCAGCAACAGCGAGCGGCAGCAGCGGAAAUAGCAACAGUGCCAGCGGACCCAUUGGCGGUACGAGCGGUACGCCCGCCAUUCAGGAGCUGAAAGCAUCGUCGGCAGCGUCGCCCGUAAGAAACCCGAAUCCCAAUCCCAGCAAAGCCAGCAGCAGCAAUCACUGGGAUUUGGGUGAAAUGGAGGGCAGUCGGAAGAGCCAUUUAACGCCGCCGCCACAGAAACGCAUCAAGAGCGCCGAUUUGUUUAGGGCCCAACAUGGCAUCAGUCCGGAGCGAUUGCUGCUCGAUCGGGAAUUCCCUGUGGCAGGACAACAUCCCCUGACUCGAAACAGGAGCGGUCGAGACACCUCAAAGGAUCGGGAACGCAACAUGGAGUUGAGGGAAUCGCUACUCGGACAGGCUCUGGAAAACAGCAACGGACAGCAGGCCAAUCAGAAACACGAUCUCGGCCAAAGUGCGGGCGAGGAUUCGAACAGCAGCGACACGGAGCCGUCGGAUCGAGGUGAUGGUCAGCACGAUGGCACCCUCGACGGGAUCGACAAUCAGCGCUCGCACUCGUUUCCCAAUGCAUUCCUCGGCCUGCAGGGAAUUCCUGGUCUUCUGCCAGGACCCUCCGGCAUCAACAGUGAUUUCGUUUCCCGACGAUCCUUGGAAAUGCGAGUCCGAGCCACAGAUCCUCGUCCCUGCCCGAAGUGCGGAAAGAUCUACCGAUCGGCGCACACCUUGCGCACCCAUUUGGAGGACAAGCACACCGUGUGUCCGGGAUAUCGAUGUGUCCUGUGUGGCACGGUGGCCAAGUCGCGCAACUCCUUGCACUCGCACAUGUCGCGCCAGCACCGCGGCAUCUCCACCAAGGACCUGCCCGUCCUGCCCAUGCCGAGUGCCUUCGAUCCGGAGCUGGCCUCCCGACUGCUGGCCAAGGCGGGUGUCAAGAUCUCGCCGGCGGAGCUCAGAGCUCGGGCUUCACCAACUGGUGGAAGUGGCAGCAGUGGCGGCGGCGGCGGAGGAGGAGGUGGUGGCCAGGCCAAGUUGGAUCUGAGCAACGCCAGCGGGGGUCCCUUGGACGAUGCCGAGGAUUCGGACGAGGAUCCCGAGGACCUGACCACUGGAAACGGACUGUAUGGAAUGGGUGGCAGUAGCAGCGACCUGAGUCGCUACCACGAGAGCUUGCUGAGCAACUUCGGACACGCCAGGAUGCGGAACGAGGCGGCUGCCGCGGCGGCCACUGCUGCCGCUCUGGGCCAACCCAAGGAUCUGGGCGUCCAGAUGCCGAGCAGCAAUGCCGCGGGACAAUCCCUGCUGGACACCUAUCUGCAGUUCAUCACGGAGAACACUUUCGGAAUGGGAAUGUCGCAGGAGCAGGCAGCUGCGGCCGCACUGCGCGCCAAGAUGGCCCAGCUGAACGCGAUGGGCCACAACCUAGACAGCCUGCCGCCGGGACUGAUUCCCGGCCAGUUCGACCUGAGCAAGCUGGCCGGCGGGAACCCCGCCUUCGGACAGAGCGGACCCGGCUUGACCAUCGAGCCGAUAAUGCGGCACGAUCAGGCGGCGGGAAGCCUGUCGCCGAGUGCCCACCGACCACUGGCCCUCAACUCCGGUGGCAGGAUGAUGGGCCACGAGGAGAUGGCCGACCACGAGGGCGACUUGAGGCGCGAGGGAUCGGAGCCCAUGGAUCUGGGACUGGACAACAACCAGUCGGGCAGCAACCACGAGGUGGCCAACUCCGAUGCCGAGGAGAACUACUCGGAGGACGAGGGAGUGCACAACACAUAGGAUCAGCCGGGGAUGAUUCCACCUGCCGGGGAACCAUAAACAGGAGCACGAACAUAAACACGAACAGUUGUAUACCGAUUACCCAUGGAACAUAUGUAACGAGUAGCCUUAUCCUCAUGUAUACCAGUUUACGUGUACCACAUACGAUACGAUACAAUAUAGUGAAGAUAGUGAAGCCUAGGUCUAAAAUCAUAUUUGUGAAGCCUAGUAGAAUUCAAUGUUGUGCUUUUUAAACUACCUAAACUAUAUGGAUAUAUAUCCCUAUAUACACACAUAUAUAUAUAUAUAUAUAUAUACAUAUAUUUAUAUACACAAGUACCUGCUGUGUAUACAAGUCGAUGAAAAUGAGAAAGGAAGGAGAACCCAUCCCGCAUGAAACGAUUUAAUGAAAUGUAAUGGUAGUCUAGAGUCAUAAGUUAGAUUUCACAUUGAAAGAGAAGCCUGUAAAUACAAAAGAAGAAUCUAAAAUCGUAAAUAUUCAUGUUAGACCAGCCGUAGCAGCAGAACCCCAAACGAUCCGUCGCAUUUAACUCUUACUUACUAUGUAUAUGUUAUAGUAUUGUACCAGAAGCCAGCAGAUAAUUCAGAUGUGCCAUGGAUGCCACAGCCUUCCAGUUCCAAGUCUAGCCAGUCCAUCGCGAUUCACAGUGCUUACCAUAUCUCAGGAAUCCGAGCAGCAACUCAACCGAACUACCUCAGCCAGCGAAAGAGUUGAAAACCCCUUUAAAAACUGAACAACUUACAACUGAUAAAAUGACAAAACUGAAAACUGAAAACUGAACCUGAAACGAACCUCAGACUUCCAUGAGUUGUGACUGGUCCUGUACUCCAUCAUCUCCAGGAAUCUUGCCAAUUUUCAACAGCAGGAACUCUGCUCGUAGUUUAAGAAUCCCCAGAAAAACCGAAAAAAAUGGGAUCAGCAUAAAAGAAAUUGAUUAUUUAUACAACUUACGUACGGUAUACAGUGCACACUCGGUAUACGUAUUUAUACACUUAAAGAUACAUACAUAUAGUACAUAUGAAUGCCUGUACUUAUUUGUCAGAGAGAAUUGAAUACCUCAGCAUACUCAGCAUUCGGCCCCCUUAAUGAUAUCCAGUGCGAAUCAUCUACUUAUACAUAAAUUAGGCUAGUUAGUUUAUGUGGCAGCACUGCAAGCAAGACAUAGUUAGUUGUAACUACGCGUUUCCUGUAUGUAUUUAGUUCGAAUAUGCCUCAGUUAUCCUAGGUUUAUAUGGUUAGCUUCAAUCGGAGAUGAGCACAGACUCUACAAGAGUCGCUACCACUUGCCUUAUGACCAACAUAUGUGUUACUUUAGUAAUUUUCUACCUCAAUUAAUUUAAAUGUAAUUUAUGUUGUAAGUUCUUGACCGCGCAACUUAACUAAUUUCUUAUUAGCUACCUUUAAUACGGGGGCUUACUUAUUAUAUAGAUUACACUCACGAGCAGCAGCAAAAGAUUGGAUUGGAAGAGUAUCUUUAGUUUUUAUUUGAGCAGCUUAGUUUGUACCUUUGGUUUUAGACACUUUUCCCUCCUCUCACUCUCGCCCAGAAUUUUGGCGCAGGGGGAGUGCAAUAGAUUGCAUUUUUCCUAGGCUUGAAAUGCAUUUAAGGCUAAUGCAAUUCGGUUAAGACGUUAGUUUAAAAUAUAUUAGUUAAAAGUCGUUACAUAAGCAAUAUAAGUAGACAUCCAUGUGCUUAGAAAGUUAUAUAAAUAUUUAUUGACAUUACAAUAAAGCCGCGUUAUGAAGACAA